UUCAAUGAUCUCUAAGCUUGAUGUUAGGUAUGCAAAAUUAACUUUCGGGCUGAUUCGGAUCCAAAAACGACCCUUCUAGAGCCAUCUCAAACAGCUUGUUUACUAGUAAUUUCACGUCGAAGUAGCUUUAUAGACAUAUAGAGAUAUGAGUACAGAUGCUACUCAAGCUGAUGGGCCUAUUCCACUGAAGUUGGAUCUAGCUGGAAAGCCAGCUGUAAAUGAUGUCCAUAGCCAACAGGUAACAACACAAGCCCACCAACAACAAGUACUGAUGCAGGGUAUCACUGUACUGCCCCAGACGGCAGCCACUAUAGUAACCAACGGAAGCCAGGUGACUGGUUCGCUCCAGAUGGAAGUCAAAGAUGAGACACAACCUGCACAAAGCUCAACUGUUGAAACAAUUGCAGUGACACAGGCUCAGGUACAAGGGCAGACCCAGCCUCAGGCACUCCCAAUACAGACACAGACCGUGGUACAGGCACAGCCAAUGCUCCAAUCCCAGCUUCAUGCCCAGCCCAUAUUACAAGCCAUCCAGCAGGCCACCGGCACUCCGCUAGCCCUCACCCAGGCCGCUCUUACACAACAGCAACUGCAGUUAUUACAGCAACAGGCCAAUGCUGCCGCUCAAGUACAAGUUGUCCGGCAGCCUCUAGCAGACCUCACCAAGAUGUGGCCCAAUACUGAACCUCAUCACCAGCAGCAUCAUCAUCAUUCCAACCUCCAAGACAGCUCCCCAAUUAAGAUGUUAGGCCAACAAGUGCCUAUGGCAGGUGCGCAGGUACAGCAGUUUACAGCCUCGGACCUACAACAAUUACAACAGCUGCAGCAGCAAAACCCAGGCCUACAGCAGUUUGUGUUUCUCCAGACGCCAGGACAGAUGCCUGCCAACAUGCAACAGCAACUGUUACUACAGCAACAAGCUCAGCAACAGAGCUUGCUUCAACAAACGCAGGCGGGCAUGCUUCAACAGUUAACUGCUGGCCAGGCAAAUUUAUUGCAGGGUCAAACAAUAAUCGGUGGUCAGUCCAUCAUACCAACAGCAACGCUAGCCACAGGUACCACACCAACAACAGGCUCAGCAACAAUAGUGACACCAGCAAUACAGCCACCUGCAAUAAUACAACAACAGCAGCAGCAGCAGCAACAACAGCAACAUGUGCCGGUGCAAGCUAAACCCCCUACCAUUAGUGAGGAGCCAACAGAUCUAGAGGAGCUGGAACAGUUUGCACGAGAGUUUAAACAGAGAAGGAUCAAGUUGGGUUUUACCCAGGGUGAUGUUGGAUUAGCAAUGGGAAAGCUAUAUGGCAACGACUUCAGCCAAACAACCAUCUCAAGAUUUGAAGCACUCAAUUUAAGUUUUAAAAACAUGUGCAAGUUAAAACCGUUGCUACAAAAAUGGUUGGAGGACGCUGAUUCAACUGUCGCAAACCCUGCUCUUCUUGGCUCUCCUCACAGUACACCGGAUGGUCUGGGUAGGAGACGCAAAAAGCGCACAAGUAUUGAAACUAAUGUACGUGUAGCUCUUGAGAAAAGUUUUCUGAAUAAUCCCAAACCAACAUCCGAGGAGAUCUUGAUUCUUGGGCAAUCUCUGGGUAUGGAAAAGGAGGUGGUGCGAGUCUGGUUCUGUAACAGACGUCAGAAAGAAAAACGCAUCAACCCACCACAUUCGCCAUUUAGUCACGGUAGUCAGCCGCUACUAUCCCCUGGAUUGCCAGCAACAUCCUUAAUCAGUCCCCAGUCCACGUUGUUAACAAAUACAGUAGGAGGGGGCCAGAUAGCAACCUCACUUCCAACCUCAAACACCAUUCCAGGACUUACACCGAUUGCAACGUCGUCUGUCCAACCACAAGUGUUACCGUCAGGCUUCAUGCUUAAUGUGCCACUCAACUUUGCGGUGAAUCCCGUCUGUUCUACCUCAGCGAACACUAACACAGCCAUGAGUUUGGCCGCUGCAAAUGCAGUAGCAAACGCUGCCGGACUUACGCUCACACCGAGUAAUCUACCGCUCUCAUUGACCACAUCACUAGCCAAUGGCAAUCCCCAAAUGGUAGUAGCAAAUUCGCAAAGUAACACCAAUACCAUUCAGUCAGGUUCUAAUCCAGUAUCGCAGAUACCGACACAGGUAAUCGUGUCUCAGCCCAUUUCACAAACAGUCACAUCAGCAAUACAGGUAUCAACAGCGAGUAAAUAAACGGUUUUUACAAGCAGUAUCGAAAUGCUAUUGCUAUACAUUUCUUUUUGGUAUAAGUAAAUUGCGUGGAAGCAAUAAACAAAAAAACGAUUACAGCACUGAAUUAUGUCAGUGUGUGUUGAGGUGAGUAUCGCUGACAGGGACUGUUACUAGUUGAACCUUGAACUUAUGAGUGUGCUUAUCUAGCAUUACAAACUGUAUUAUAGAACACCAAUACUGACAAACCCCUCCCCGCCCCCAAGAUCACCCAGCCUCUUGAAAUUAUUACUUUCUGCUCUGUUUUUAUUUGUUAUUUGAAUACCAUAUUUUAAAGAGGUGACCCAUCCAGCAGGACAUUUGAAUCUACAGUAUUUCUAUAUUGAUUGCUGACUUAUGAUUUUAAAGAUCAUGUUUUAACAAUGACUGAUUUUGGUAUGAAACUGCCUUUAAUGUAUGAAUAUGAGUAACAUCAACAAUCAUAAGAUUCAAAGAACUUACAUCAGUAUUCUCAGUAAGUAUCAGUAUUCUUUCUAUAAGUGUCUUUGUUAUUAAUUCUGAUAUAAGUUAAACUUGUAUCAGAAUGAAUGCAAAAUGUGAUGCUCAAAUAUUGUUUCUGUAUGGUUAAAAACAAGUAAUGCCAGAAGACUCAAUCAUGUUUACAUAAUACAAAAUCUUUUCAAGAUUAUAAAAUUGAUUAAAAUUUCUGUCAAUCAUUAUCCAAUAAGUUUAUUAUUUUUUAGAUAUCUGUAAAUAUAUUGCGUGUUUGUAUUUUAACGUAGGGCUAUUUAUAAAAGGAUGAAGACAUUUCCUUUGUUACUAACUUAUUUUAGACCGCUCAAAAUAUAUCAUAAACUUAGACUUUAGUGCAGUUAGGAAUAAUGUUAAUUUAAUUGAGCAUUUCACAGUAUGUUUUAUUAUUUUUUGCCAAAUAUAAUUCUUUGAGAUUUUCUUUUAAAAAAGUAUUCUUAGUGACAGAUGUUAAAGGGUGAGAGUCUGGUAAAAAUAAGCAUCACUUUUUUUAGCCUCUCUAGACUAGCAAAUUUUUUUGUUUGACACAAACAUAUAUCAUGCCUAAAUAUGGUCAUGAUGACAUCACAACAUGACCAUAUAUAGGCACAUCAUGACCAUAUAUAGGCACAUCAUGACCAUAUAUGGGCAUACAACAGGUUUUUGAUAGUCUAGUGCCUGCCUCACAAAUGGAGUCAGCUCAGCUCUAAAUAAUAAACAAUAAUUAACCUCUGUCUAAACGAUCAACUUUUAUGUGAUAAAUUUUAUUGAUUUACCCAUAUAUGGGCAUAAUUAUGUUAUAUGAUAACCAUAUAUGGGCAUGAUGAUGACAUAUACUUAAAUAUGGACAAAUCACUGGUAUUUGUCACAUAAAUCUUGAUAUUGUGAACAACGCUUUCUUCCUCAUAUAAAAGUUUGUACCUAGUCUGCAUUGCCAAAAGCACAUCCUUAUGCAGUAUUUUUGCACUAGAGCACAUUACAAUUGUUGACCUAGAAAAUGCAAUUUUAAUUGGUUAAUUGACUGAUUUCAUCUAGGCUCUUUAGUCAAGUAUGUGCAUGUUGCAUAAUUGACUUGAAAAAUGUUCUCACUACCUCCCGAGGCAAAAUAUGCACAGAAAAUAACGCGAACAUUAACAGAUUUUCUGGUAUUAUAGCCUGCUUCUCUAACUAUGGGUCGUGACCCAAAAUUGGGUCGCCAAAUAAAUUAGAGGUUUGCAAGACUCUUUAGGGUUUUUUUGACAUUUAAGUUUAUAUCCUGCUACAAUUUGCCGUAGUAAAAAUAGUGCAUUUUAAGUAUCAUUUAAAAAUUUAAAGAAAAGUUUUGUUUACAAAUUUUAGCCGGGCAGUAGGUCGCAGCAAACAUCAUGCCUGGUUAUUUUUGGGGUCGUCAGCCAAAAAGUUUGAGAACUGCUGGUAUAAGCUGAAUUUAUGCUUGUGUAGCAGGCUUUAGAUCAAACAAUGCUUACAGAAGGUGUUCACUCUACUGAUUAUUGGAGGCUGAUAAUUGUUUUAAUGAAAUAAAUAACGAUGAUUCAACGUAAUUGGUGAUGAUGGUAUGGUUUGUAUUAAAUUGGAUGUUGAUAACAAUGGUGCUGAUGAUGAUAAUGAAAUGAUUGAGGAUGAUUAUGUAGAUAACCAUAGAUUAUCUUGAUAAUGGUGGUAGUUAUGAUAUUGAUAAUGCUGAUUUUGAUUAAGACAAUUAUACAGUUUUUGAUAAUAAUGUUGAUGAUGCCAAUUCUUGUAAAGCUCAUAAUGUGUCUUUAAUUGUUCUAAAAAUCUCAUAAAUUGUAAUUUCAUUUCUUAAAUUGUGUGUUAAAAGUAUUAGAUUGGCAUUGAAAAUGGAAAUAACUUAUUUAAAAAAAUACAUUUUAAUUCAAACCAUCUCAUGUAUGAGUUAGAUUCAUUAUAUAAAAUUUCCAUAUACAGGUAAUGUUAAACAAAAAUUUGAAGUAAGAUGUUUCAAAUUUCAAUACAAACCGAGUCAAACGGUGAAAGAAAUACCGACCACCAGGCGUCCGAUCAUGUGACUAAACCCUGUACAGGUGUCUGAUCAUGUGUCAUAAAUGCCCAAAUAUUGACCAGUUGGGUGGUUGCCCAGGUAAAAAAAAAGUUGCCCAAAUUAGAUCUUGAAAUUUUGAAGACAGUAUUAUCAACAAAUACUAUUUGUUAUUUUUGUAUACCUAGUUCUGCAAUCAAGUUAAAUGCAGCACCAUUUAAAGAAUGUAAUAGAGUUUUUAAAUACUAUAUUUUAUUGCAGGCAGAGCAUAGAAUUCAUGUCAUUCUUAGUUGAUUUACACAUUUCCCUUUAUAUUAGCAGGCAGCAAUAAGAAAUGUUUUUUUGCCAUUGUAACGCACAUUUAAUUUAAGACACUAGCAAUCUUCCUUACUGCCUUGUGUAAACCAAGGUGAAUUUUCCAAACCUGCCUAAAUGAAAGUCAUACACCAAAUAGUACAAUGUUAAUUGCAUCGCACACUCUUGGUAUUAAGCAUAAUAUAAACUGAUGAAUUAAAUUAUACCAUGACAAUAUGUAAGCAAAACUUUUAUCUCACAAAUUCUUAAUAAUUUCAUAUAAUUUAUUCAGAAUUGUUUCAUUUUUGUUGUCUUAAAUUGAACAUUCCAGAAAAUUAGAAAUAAAAAUAAUUAUACUGUAUGUUAAUUUUGGAAUGUAAGGGAUGUUGUUUAUGUAACGGGCCAUUGUACAAGUAAGUUUGUAAUGUUUUUAUUCCUAUUUUAUUUUAUGUGGUUAGGCCCAACAUUCUGUUCUAAAAGAUGCAGAAAUCUAAGGACCCACCAUAAAUGGUGUUUAUGAAUUUAAAGUAAUAAAAAGGAAUUUUCUAUUAUAGCACCAACAUUAUUGUUUCAAUUUUUAGUUAAGGUAUAUCUCCAUUGAUUUGAAUAUGAAUGUCCAACAUUUAGUUCUUAGUUUUGUUUCAUUGAAAUUAAGAGUGAUUUUAAGAAAUGCAUACAUGUUUUGUAGUCCCUAACAAUGUUAGGCAAACUUGAACAGAAUGUUUCCAACCAUCUUAACGUGAUUGAUUGUGAUGUCGCUGAUGAAAUCUGGUGGUGUUUUUCAUGCAUAAAUUUUACUACAAAUUGUGAAACAAUUUUAGAAAUGUUGUGGAAUUAACUCUUUGCUGUUUAAGACAGAACACACAGAAAUAUUUCCACAACCUUAAGAAAUUGCAUCAAAGUAUCCACUUAAAUGCUAACAGGGUUUUCCAGCAUUGCUCUUUGCCCGGUGGCUUGUGUUGAUAUUUGUCCCUGUAUGUAUAUAUUAAUUCCACGUGUUCCUCUUAUUGAAAUAAUGCAAUUCUUAUACUGAAUUUCUCAUCUUAGCUUUCAUUUUAGAAAGAUUUCUGAUGGGAUUUUAAAUUCCAUAGCUAAUUUGUUUACAAAUUCAUCUUUUUAUUUACUGUGUAAUAUUACGUUUUUUUUAAAAAAGAUUUAGUACAAUGUUAAUUAUGCUCCUUUUUAAAGAAUUAAAGAUCCUGGAAGUUUUGUA